AUGAUCUGCAACCAAGGAUUCUUCUAUGGAGCCGCUGUCUUCGCUCCCGUCCAACCUGGAUACGCUCCAAUGCCAUUCCAGCCCUACCUAGUUCCUGCCCAAUCCCUCUACACUAGCUGGGAAGCUUUCCAGCCCAUGCAGUGUUACGAGGAGGAUCAGGAAAACCAAGGAUGGCAGAAUGGAGCGGAACAGAGCACACAGGGCCAGAGCAAUUUCAAAACUCGCCUGUGCCAGCUCUACAUGGGCCGCCGGACCACGUGCCCUCAUGGAGAGAGGUGCCGGUUUGCCCAUGGGGUGGAGGAGCUGCGCUCCAGUGGCUCCACGUCACCAGACCUUCAGAGCAGAAGCUAUAAGACAGUUCUCUGUCGAAACUAUGCUCCUGGGGGUUCUGGGGACUGCCCGUACAGGCUUGCAUGCCAGUACAUCCACCCAUCCGAUGGCCUGCUCUAUAAGUUCUGCAUGGCGGACACACCGGAGUUCAAGGCAGCAAAGGAGCAGCAUCAGAAAGAGGUGCAAGUGCUUCAUGCUCAAAAAUCUCUGGCUCCACCACAGCAGUUCCAGCUGGAGGUGGCUAUCAACAUGAAGAUCCGGAGCUUCAACGUGGGACACCCCAAUGGUCCGGACUACCAUGAUUUCCAUGGUAUGACCACUAUGGGAGCAGUGUCCUACGUACAUGACAUUAUCCACCAGGUGAGGAGUAGUGGAACCAAGAAGGCGUGGCUGGAGGUCGGGCGUGGGAACCAUUCCGCCAAUGGGUUUCCUGUAGUGAGAACUUAUUUAACUAAUAAUCCCCAUUUGUUCUCUGGAUGCUCAUUUGUUCCCAUUCAGGGUAAUGAUGGUAUUCUGGAGCUUACUGUAGUUUGA